UCUCCUCAAGUUCAAACCAUGUCGAGGGGAUCGUUGGUGCCUUGAGGAGGAUCGACGGAGGUGUAACGUCGACGAAGGGAACAUGGCCACACCGCCAGACUCACCUGGACCGGAAGAGGCGCUUUUCGAAUUUGAAAGCACGCGAGCCAGGCAGCCAACGACGAGGCCGGUCGCCCUGGAGGAGCUUCUUCGUCAGACGAAAUUCACCCGGCAGGAAAUACGCGUCAUGUAUCGCGGAUUCAAGCAGGAGUGUCCCGAAGGAGUGGUCCACGAGGACUCGUUCAAGGACAUAUACGCCAAGUUUUUCCCGCACGGCAACUCGAGCCUCUACGCCCACUACGUCUUCAAGGCCUUCGACGUGAACUGCAACGGAGCCAUCAGCUUCAGGGACCUCUUGGUUACCCUGUCGACCCUCCUAAGGGGCAGCAUAUACGAGAAGCUGAGGUGGAGCUUUAAGCUGUACGACAUAAACGGCGACGGGUGCAUCACGAGGGGAGAACUUGGCGAAGUUGUGACGGCGGUUCACGAACUUAUGGGAAGACGGCAUCAAGUCGACGAGGAACGAGCUGCCCGCGAACAACUCGACAGAGUAUUUAGAAAGCUCGAUCUGAAUCAGGACGGCGUCAUCACGAUCGAGGAAUUCAUCGAGAGCUGCCUUAAAGACGAAGUGAUCACGCGAUCCUUGGCGAUGUUCGACUGCGAGCUUUGAUCUCCGGCCUCCCCCGUCGCCGCGACGCCCCCGACGCCCCCGACGCCCCCGACGCCCGCAACGCCGCCAUCGACGACGCCAUCCCAAUCGCCGGCACCAUCGCCACCCCGUUAUUCCCUGCUGCCACCGAUCCCGCCGCUACCGCCGCCGCCGCCUCCAGGUUACACGGCCCAGGAUCACGAACUUUACCUGCUCCUUGCAGCCCACUGGUGGGACCAACAGGAUACGCCGUUAUUUUGUUAGGAGAUCGAACCGGAUCGUAACGUUCGUAUACAUGUAUGCGUAUAACUCACCGGAUGGAGGAUGAUGAGAAAUUGGCAAAAAAAUU